AUGUCGCAAAGGAAUAAUAUUUUUGAAUUGGUUUUCAAAGAAAUCGAUAUUAAUGAUCAAAUUCAAGUAAUAGAUAGUUUUAAAAAUCAAUUUAAAGGCAAUGAAAUAGAAUUAAAUUUAAUGAAAGAUUUUGUUAAAAAAUCUAAAAGUAGAAGAGAUGGUUUAUUAGGUAAAUUAUUACAUAGUUUGAAGGCAAUGUUAAAAAAUCAAUCCAAUGAAUCAAUUAAAUCAAGUAUUUUUUACAAUCAAUAUCUUGUUCUAAGAAUGGUCAUUGAAUUUAAUUUUUUUUGUCAAAGAAAAUAUUUAAAAGAGCAUUGCAAAGCUUAUGGAUUAAAUUUUUCAAAAUGUUCAGCAAUAUUGGAAAGUGUUCAGUCAAGAUUUGGAAUUAAGAAAAUAUUUACAAGAAAUCUUAGUGAAUUUUCAAAACCAAUUGAAAUCAUUGAUGGUGCAUCUAUUUAUUUUGAAAUCCCUAAUUUUUCUCUUCCUUUCGAUGGUGGAAAUAUAAUCAUGACCAUUAAAAAUCUAUUUGAAGAGGUUAGAUUAUUAAAAGAAACUUCAUUGGCUACUGGCAUUUUAAAACAGGUUCCAGAUGUUAUAAAAAUCACACAAACGCAAUCUCAACCUCAAACUCAAACUCAAAAACCAACCUCAAACUCAAACUCAAACUCAAACUCAAAUACUUUAAAUAAUAAUAAUAAUUAUAAUAAUAAUAAUGAUAAUGAUAAUGAUGAUGAUGAUGAUGAUGAUGAUGAUGAUGAUGAUGAUGAUGAAAAUAAUGAUGAAAUUACAAUUUUCAACAACAUUUACAAAGAAUUUAAUGAAAAUAAAACUGAGAGUAGAAAAAAUAUUGGUGAUGAUUACCCAAUAAAACUAUUUGAGGCCUUUAGAAAAGAACAACCUACUGAAGAAGGAUAUCAUAGUAAUGAUUUUAAAAAAAAUAUAUUAAAUAUGGCAUAUUAUUUAAAGGAAUAUAUACCAGAUUUUUAUUUAAAUUAUCAAAUUCCAAAACAUCAAAAAGCUAUAACCCAUGAUCUUAUUAUCCUAUUCAACAAAAUUAAAUGUAAAAGAGUUAGUAAAAAGGAAAAAAGUUUCAAUAGAUUGGAAAUGUUUUUAUCAAAUAAAUUUAAGGAUUCAUCUAUUCAACUCUAUGGUUCAUUUUUAACUGGAUUAUCAUUAGAGGGUAGUGAUUUAGAUGUUAAUUUCAAAAUCAAUCAAAAUGAAAAUCAAGUAACUCAUUUAGAGGUGGUUUCCAAAUAUUUAGAGUCAACAAAGUUAUACACAAUCAUUGAAAAGAGAUUAAGUGCAACUGUACCAAUAAUUAGGUUUGUAGAGAAAUCAUCAAAGUAUCAUUUCGAUAUGAGCUGCAAUUCAUCAAAGGCUUAUUUUAAUUCAUUAUUAUUGAAAGAAUAUUGUUCCAUAGAUAAUAGAUAUAUCAUUCUAUCAUUAUUGGUUAAAUGGUGGGCAAGCUGUAAAAAUUUGAAUGACGCAUCAAAACAUACAUUUAGUUCCUUCUGUUUGGUUAAUAUGGUAAUUCACUUCCUUCAAUCGAUUAGUACACCAAUUCUACCAAAUUUACAAACUAAAUCACCUCAACUAUUAAAUAGCUAUUCAACAAAUCCAAUUUUAAAACGAAUUGAUUCUUUUGAAUUUUAUGAAUUUAAAAGUUUUGAUAAGUUUGAUUCAAGUAAAAAUAAAUUAAAAAUUGAUCAACUUUUCUACCUAUUCUUUAACUACUAUUCAAUUUUCAACUAUAAGGAGAAUAUUAUUUCAAUCAGUCAUUCAAGUGGCGGUGGUACACUAUGUAAAAAUGGCCCAUUACUUAAAAGAUCAUCCCUUGUUAAUGAAGAUUUGCUAAAAAGUACUAUGAUCGUAUUGGAUCCUUUUGUAACAGAUAGAAAUAUUGCUUCUUCAAUCCAAAAUUCUUUCUUUAGAAUUAUUGUUGAAUUUAUUCAUAUGGAAAACUCAAUAAGAUUAAAAAAGUUUAAAGAUAUUAAUGAAUUAUUCAAAGAUAUAUCACUUCCAAAAUUGGUCCCAUUGUUACCAACUCCAAGUUUAAAUACAACUACUACUACAAACCAAGUUGUACCAACAUUAACAACAACACCAGCGGCUGUCCCAACUUCAAUACCAGCUACAAUUGCUUUACCAAAACUAGAUAUGAUAACAACUCCAAAACAAACAUUAUCAAAUCCAAUAGCUAGUACAAUUGAUAUUGAAAAAAGUUUAAAAAAUAGUUUAUUAAUGAAAAUAUUUGAAGAUCCUAAGAGUGUUCUUUUUAUUCUCAAUGAAUUGAAUAAAUUAUUAAAGAAUGAAAACAAUAACCAAAACAAAUUAAACAAAUUAAAAAGGAUCAUUGAAGAAGAUACAAAAUCAUUUGAACAACAGAUUAAUAAUUGUAAUAGAACUCUAAAUCAAUUGAUUCCCUCUGAAAAUUUAAGUCGUAAAAGUUCUGUCAAUUUGAUAUAUCAAAAAACAUUAACAUUAAUGGCUUUAAUAGAGUUUAAUCAUCACUACCAGAAUAUAGAGUUAAGGAAUUUAACAAAAGGUAAUAGAACUACCUUCAAUGAUUUAAAAAGUGAAUUAGCAAAAAACAAAAUUAAAUUCGAUCCAAGGUGUUUAGAGAAAUCUAAAGUUACAAUGAUUCAAGAUUUUCAAUCAAAGAUAUCUCCAAUAAUAAAGAUUCCAAAUUUUCAAUUGAAUGAAUCUGAAAGAUUAGAAACUGUUUUAGAAUUAUUAUUUAUUGAAAUUCAUCAAUUAUUUAAAAAUGAAACAAUAUCUGUCCAUAGCAUUGGAACCAAAAAAUCAAAUAAUAAUGAUAAUAAUAAUAAUAAUACAAAGAUUAAGGCUGAUUACAUAUACAGUUAUGUUGAUGUAAUAUCAAUAAGUCCAGAUGAAACUUUAAAUCUAAUUUUAAGUUGUGAACCUUCGAAAAUACCAUUGCUAAAACCAAAUGGUAUAGGUGAAUUAUCAGAUAAUUAUACAGGAGAAAAAGAAUACCAAAUAGUAAAUAAACCAUUAAUUUUCGAUGACUUUAGAGCUCAAGUUGAAAAUGGAAUUAAUGCACUUAAUGGGAUUAAUAGUGCAAAAGAUGGAACUUUUGAAGGUUUCGAUAAAAUUAAAAUGAAUGAAGCAAUUGAAGUUGUCCAAAUAAGUCGUCAAACUAAAUUUAUAACUGUUGAACUAAUCAUUCAUGGUAAUAGAAAUAAACUGGAAGAAAUUUCAGUAGGUGAUAUAUUAUUAUUCAAAGUAAUAGGCUUAGAUGGCACAAAAUUUACAUUUGGAAUAGUAAGAAAAACUUCAAAUUUAAUGCAAGGUAGCCUACAUCAACAAUCAAUAGUUUGCGAUUUGUUAUAUUCAAAUCCAACACACUUUUUUACUAAGUCAUUAAAUUCAAGUACUCAAUCAUCAAUUCAUUAUAAUAAAAUUUCAAAUAGUGUAACAUUCAUUAGAAGCAUUCAAGAAUUUAAGGCAUCACCAUUUAUUAAAAAUCUUAUUUUUAAUCCAGGGUGCAAUAAUAAUUUGAACCAAAAAAUGAUGAAAUUCCCACCAACCUUGGAAACAAUUUGUAAAGAAAAAUUAAAUGAAUCACAACUUAAUGCUAUUAAAUCAUCUUUAGUUGAGAGUGGUAUAACAUUGAUUCAAGGUCCACCAGGUACAGGUAAAACCACAACCAUCAAUUAUUUACUUUCAGUUUUAUUAGCUAUUGACAAAAAGUUCAAAAUUUUGGUAUGUGGUCCUUCACAUGCAUCAGUAGAUGAAGUUGCAAAAAGAUGUUUAAAAAAUCUAUUAAAUAGUGAUGGUCAAAUAUUUAAACCAAACAUGGUUAGAACUGGCAGAAAAGAAAAAAUAUCACCAGAAUGUCAAAAAAUUUCUCUUAAAAAUAAAAAUUCAUCAAGAAGAAUUAACCUCAUCAAAUCAGCGUCUAUUGUUUUCUCAACUUUAGCUGGAAGUGGUUCAAAGGCUAUUUUUGAAAACUUUUCUCCAGAUAUUGUUUUGAUUGAUGAAUCUACGCAAUCUUCAGAACCAACCUCAAUUAUUCCACUAUCAUUAGGUUCUGUUAAAAAGUUAAUUUUAGUUGGUGAUCCAGUUCAAUUGCCACCAACUAUUUUUUCCAAACAAGGUGCUGACUGUGGUUUAAAAAUAUCAUUAUUUGAAAGAUUAGCCAAAUCGAUCGAUGUCCAAUUUUUAAAUACACAAUAUCGUAUGCAUCCAGUGACAUCAAAAUUCAUAUCUGAAGAAUUCUAUAACGGAACUUUAAAAGAUGGUGAAAACGUUUCAAUAGAUUCCUAUAACAAUUGUAAAUUCCAUUUCGAUCCUUCAUUUGGACCGAUGAAAUUUUUUGAUUUACCAAAAUCAAAUCAAAAAGUUAUUAAAAAAUCCAUAAUGAAUCAAGAUGAAAUUGAUAAGGUAUUUACUUUAAUAAAGGAACUAAUUGAAAAAUAUCCAGAAUGUAAAAAGCUAUCAUUUGGUAUAAUUACUCCCUAUAAAUUACAAAUGAAUCAAAUCAAAGAACAACUAAAUAGAUCUGAACAUCAUAAUUUAAAUAUUUCAGUUUCAACAAUUGAUGGUGUUCAAGGUUCAGAAAAAGAUAUCAUCAUUAUGUCAUGUGUAAGAUCAAUCGAAAAAUUUGGUAUUGGUUUCCUCUCAGAUCGUAGACGUAUCAAUGUAGCACUAACAAGAGCCAAGUUAGGUUUAUACGUUAUUGGUACCUAUAAGGUUUUAGCAAAAGAUAAUACUUGGGAAAAAUUUUUAAUACACACAACAAUUGAUUUUGAUCAUAUAUAUAAAUCAAAUCAAAUAAAUAAUAAUUCAAAUCAAUCAAUUCAAAACUCUGAUCAAGACAACAACAAAGAUAAUCAUGAUGAUAAUAAUGAUGAUAGUGAUGAACAAAGUGAAGAUGAAUUUUUUGUUGUACCCAAGGGUGGAAAUGAUGAGGAGGAUGACUUCUAUGAUGAAGAAAUGGAUAACAAUGAUGAUGAUGAAAUGGAUAACAAUGACGAUGAUGAAAUGGGUAACAAUAACCAAAAAAAAUAA